UUUACCUAAAUUUAUUUUCCUUUGAUAAAUUCUUGUUUGCGAAAAAAAAAACGAUUUUCCUUAAACAAAGAAUUUUAAGCAAAAAUGAAACACCCAGUCGCACACACGUACAAACAAUAGGCGGCAGAGGUGGAUAAAAAAGUUACGAAAGCAAAUAAAAUCACUGCAGCCCUCGUCCCCCACCACCUGAAUGGAGCUGACUGUUCGAAGCAAAUGAAGGUGUCAAAAAGACAAGCAGAGACAGCAAAAAGAAACGAACGAUGCCCCUCCAUACGAACACACACGCACACACAGAUACACAGAUCCACACUCCAUACAGAUGCUUGUACACAAACACAGAAACACUCAAGUAGAGUUGGGUUUGGCUGGACGUGCGAUGGAUGGAUAGAUGGCUGGUUGGCCGGCUGCCUUCCUGGUCCUGCCUGCCCUCGACUAGAUGGCAGCUCCCUGUGUAAAUGGCAAAGCGACAGCAACAUUUGCUAACUUUUCUGCAACAGCGACACGACAGCAACAGCAACACCAACAAGAACAACAACAGCAACGGAUACUACAUAAAUGUAUCUGUAUCUAUCUAUUCGAUGGCCGUGCAUUGUAUUGCAGUUACGUGCUCGAUGGUCCAGCAAAAUGGAGACUCGAAAAAAAUCUCUAAAACAAAAUCGGCAAAAGAGGGCGAAAAAAAUACGAACAUUUUCCAAAUGGAAAAACUUGUAUACACUCUCUGAAUAAAUAG